GUCACUGAAUCGUGAAAAUGACACAGUUUAAAAACCGGGGACGGUGAAAUACAGACGUGAAAAUGAUCUGAGUGCGAGAAGUCGUCGCCGAGCGAUGCUCUGGUUUGGACUGGGGAUGGAUGCCUCCAAGAAACACAAGAAAAAGAAGACACACAAAGAGCACAAAGUGAAAUCUGUGGGAGAUGCGUUCGUUCAGCUGGACAAAGACCAGGCCAUCCUCACGGACGCUGACCAGAACCGUCGGCGGAGGACCCUGGAGCUGUCCAAGAAGAAUAACUCUUGGGGAUUCACGCUGCAGACAUAUGGAAUCCGGCACAAAAAGUCGAGCCAGGUGGAGGUGAUGACUUACGUGGAUUAUGUGGAGAUUGACAGCUCCGCCUGGUUUGCUGGACUCCGCAGAGGUGACGUUAUAUUGGCUGUUGAUGGAGACUCAGUUGAUCACAUGACCCACCAGCAGCUUGUUGAUAGGCUCAGACAAUGUCAGAAGACAAUGAGGCUAGUUGUCUUGUUUGAAGAUUGUCAUCGCAAAGUGGAGCUUCAUGACAGGCUUAUAAAGCUCAAGACAAUCUUGAAAGGGAAACUCCAAGAGUUGAAACACCUGGAAGAAAAGGAAAGACAGAUAUUAUUCAAAGUGCCAGGUUUAUCCCGGAUUGACUCUGUUCGACUGAGUGCCCGCAGUAGUGCCAGUUCCCUGGACAGUACCUGGGAUCAAUAUAGCAUUGUUUACCCAACUAGUGCUUGUAGCAGUCUUGCGAAUCUUAGUGUGUCUACGACAACGUCUGACGAACAAGAUGUUCUCACGGAUUCGCUCAGCAUGGGGUCAUCCGUGUAUUCUGAGGAUGGGAGCACAAGCUUGGAUGACGGCGUCGUGGCCUGCGCUUCUUCAGAUAAUGCUGCCUCUGAAACAGACAGUUUUACUGAUUCCGUUUUUCUACCGAACAACAGAAGUUCUGUGAUCUUCAAACCAAAAUUCACUGUGGCUCCUGAAGGAACGGAUCAGACCUCUGUAAGCACGGAAAGUUCUCAAGGUCCCAGUGAAACCUCCUCUGAUGUCCCAGAAUCCAAAGCUUUACCCAGAAUUCCAAGCACCCCUUCGGCCGCAGAGGAAGGCUCUCCUUUGUUAUCUCCAUUGACCAAAGAAGAGCCAUAUGAGAAGAUAAGUGAAAGUGACAAAUCCAUCGAGAAUCCGUUAAAUCCAGACAAUAUUGUAGAUGACGCAUGUGUGGACCAAUCAAAUGGUGCGACUGAACCAGAGAGGCAUGUUACCAUGAACACAGAGUCCUGCACUGAGAAAGACAAGCCUAAAACCCUCCGAUUUUCUCAAGUCAGAGAAUGUAUCAACGAGUCAGAUGAGGUGACAAAAUUAUAGGGGACAUAGUGCAUAGAUUAUAAUCAUCUAGUUGGCUGACAUCUACAAUUUAAGAGUAUCAUUUGAUUCUUUCCAAACCCAACUUCAUUUAACAGGCUCAGAAUGACCACUGUUGUUGUUGGAGCUGACCUUGACCUAAUUAUUCUUUGAGAAUGAACAUUCCAUUGCAACUUUUUACAGGGGUCGUUAUGUUUUUGAAGGCCGAGUUGAAGUUAGGACAGAAGGGACCAAGUGGAACCAUUUUUCCUACCAAAAAAGUAUUGUUGAUCAACCAGACUUCUACAGCUUUCUAGAAACAAAAUAUGUUAAUUAAUACAAGAGAAAGUUGAUGUGUUUUGUGAAAAUUUUUGUUUACUUUUUCAAGCAGGGUAGAUAUUCAUACUUAGUGUGAACGAGAGAAAUGUGCAAGAUUUUUGGAUAAGUUUUCAGCUCAGAUUAGUUGCAAAAUCAUCUACAUUUGUACAUCAAAAACGUGGAUAAAUUCUGAAGGUUGACAACCAUAGAAGGUAACUUUUGACUUCCUUCUUUGGUCUAGAGAUAGUAACUACCUACCACCCCUGGUGGCCAAGAGAAGAUAACUGUUGAUUUCCUCUGUGAUCAAAGGGACAUAACUGCGAAAAUGUGAAAGAGCAUGUGGUGGAAAUGAAAUACUGUCAGAGCGAGCCUUUGGGAAAUAACAGAACAGCAGUUUUUUCAGGGGCGAUGCCUUACAUUAAGAGAAAGAUAGUACUUAAAAGUAUGAGAUACUAUUUUCCCCUUUUCUUCUUCUUGUAUUUAAUAUGUAUUGUAAAUGUCAGUUGUGUGAAUUUAUUUAUA